UGGGUAAAUCCAAAAUGGCUGCGUGUUGCACUCGGUAGUGAACAGGACGCUGUUGUUGUCACGUCCUAUGUAGUCCGCUGACGUAGGGAUUCCUGAGGCGUUCUGGAUGCGGAAUCGCUUUGGAAUGAGCUGAACUGGGUCGAAAAUAGAUUUAAACACAACGUCCAGCGUGGAGAGAGUUCCACAAACCACGAAUUGUACAAUAACUAUGGACGGUCAAGGUCGACUUCCGGGUUUGGGGUGAUUGUGCGUGCGCGCGCGUGCUGACGCAGCUGAGGUCGGAGUUGCACAGUCAUGCUGAUGUGGAUCGGGUUAAUGGCACCGAGGUAAACAGCUGGACAUGAAAUGCACACUCGGGUUGUUUGGUUGGUUUUUUUUUUUUUCCUUUCUUAACUCCUCCUUCUGAUACAGCAGUAUUGAAGAAAGACUCACUUCCGGAAGUGCGCGUGCCCGAAUCGGAUUAAAAAGUAGCGAGUGUCGCGCGCGCAGUAAGUUGUUGGUUCUGGUUCACACUGUCGUGUCUGGGUUCUGCAGGAACGCUGGGGAAUGAAGUCCUCUGGAUAUAUUUUCUGGAUUUUGAGUUCCUCUGUGGCAGCUCUCCGCAUCUCAUUUGACUUGUCAACUUGGACAUGAAGCAAACUCGUAAAGUUCUUGCUCAUUUUUACUUUCUUUUUCAGCACACUGAGAGCAUGGAGGCAUAAUGCAAAGUCAUACUUGAAGAAAAAGAACUCUACGUGAGAAGAUUUUGUGUGGAUUUCAGACGUCUGACAGACAUCUAAUUUUUUUUGACGCCCUUUUGAGGCAAUUUUGUUGGUAUCUAUGUAAUAUUCGCUCAAUAUUUGAUCUGGAUUAUUAAACAAUGCCUAUUUGGUCUGCAAGAGACCACAGUCAUGAUGGAUUUACAGUCAGACAAAAAAAAUAUGGCUUCUUAUCUCCCAGUGACUACCAGUUGUGUCUGUAUUACUUCAUGAUACGUGGUUGGAUCUAGACUCUUGUGCCUGCCCUAUAUCCUGUGAAACCGAAUUACAACCCAGGCUUGGAAAAUGAUAUGUCCAAGGAAGAAGAGGCCCAUCAAAGAUGAGGAUUUUUCAGCCAUUGUGGUUCCCUCCAUGAAAGGCUAUGGCUACUUGGACUACACCAUUGAGAGUCACCCUUCCAGAGCCCUUCAGCUCAUGGACGAGUUGCGUCAACACGGGUUGCUCUGUGACCUGGUACUUCGAGUGAUGUACAAAGAUACGAUGGAGGAUUUCAAGGUGCACAAACUGGUACUGGCAGCCUGCAGCCCAUACUUCAAAGCCAUGUUCACCAACAACUUCAAAGAGUGCCUGGCCUCAGAGGUGACUCUCAAGGAUGUUUGCCCUCAGGUGAUCGGUAGGCUGGUGGACUACGCCUAUACCUCCCGCAUCACAGUAGGGGAAAAGUGUGUGCUGCACGUCCUGCUGGCUGCCAUGCGCUUCCAAAUGGAGGAUGUGGCGAAAGCAUGCUGUGACUUCUUGAUAAAAAACCUAGAGCCCUCAAACGUCAUUGGGAUUGCCCGGUUUGCAGAGGAGAUCGGCUGCAUUGAGCUGCAUCACCGGUGUCGAGAGUAUAUCAACAGUCACUUCAGUGAGGUGACCAAAGAAGAAGAGUUCUUCAGCCUGACGCACUGCCAACUGGUGGAGCUCAUCAGUCAGGACAGUCUGAAGGUUUUGUGUGAGACUGAGGUAUACAAAGCCUGCACUGACUGGGUGCGCUGGGAUGCAGAGGCUCGCUCCCAGUACUUCCAUGCUCUGCUCAAUGCUGUCCGUAUCUAUGCCUUGCCAGCAAAGUUCCUCAAGAGGCAGCUACAGUCAUGUCCCAUUUUGAGCAAAGCUAACUCCUGCAAAGACUUUCUCUCCAAGAUCUUUCAUGACAUGACCCUCCGCAAAUAUUUGCCCCCUCCUCCAAAUCGGGGUACAAAGUUGAUCUAUGUGGCUGGGGGUUAUAAGCAGCACUCACUGGCCUCCAUGGAGGCUUUUGACCCAAGAAACAACACGUGGCUGAACCUGACACCGAUGACACAACCCUGCAGUGGCUUGGGGGCCACUGUACUGUUUGGGCUCUUUUACACUGUGGGGGGUCGAAACCUCUCACUGCAGAGCAACGCAGACUCUGCAACACUGUCCUGCUACAACCCCAUGACCAAUCAGUGGACCCAGCUAGCUUCACUUAACACAGCCAGAAACAGAGUGGGUACUGGGGAACUUGACGGGAGCAUUUACGCUGUUGGAGGAUCCCAUGGAUCCACUCAUCACAACACAGUGGAGAGAUACGAUCCAGAGACAAACAGGUGGACAUAUGUGGCACCAAUGUCAGUGGCACGCCUGGGAGCUGGUGUGGCAGCGUGCGGGGGAGCUCUGUAUGUGGUGGGGGGCUUUGAUGGCCAAAACCGGUGGAGAACAGUGGAACGCUACCAACCAGACACCAACACUUGGCAUGAUGUAGCGUCUAUGAACACUGCACGAAGUGGCUUAGGAGUGGUGUGUAUCGAUUCUUACCUGUACGCAGUGGGUGGUUAUGACGGCCAAAGGCAACUCAACACUAUGGAGAGAUAUAAUGUAGCCAGAGACGUUUGGGAGCCCAUGGCAUCCAUGGCUCACAGUCGAAGUGCCCACGGAGUCACUGUCUACCACGACAAACUUUUUGUCUUUGGUGGUUUCAAUCAGAGUGGUUUCCUGUCCAGUGUGGAGAGUUAUUGCACAGGUAGUAACCAGUGGACGUAUGUGACUGACAUGCCGGUGGGUCGAAGCGGGAUGGGAAUGGGUGUAACCAUGGAGCCGUGCCCAGGCUGCCUUUCUGAGGAGGAAGACGUGGUAUGAUGCAGACUUUGAACCUUGCAUUGUCACCCAGAGAUCAUGUCUGGAGCGGAUGCAAGGCAGGUUUCCCAGCCACAAUGAUUUUGAUCCAUUGUGCUAUGGCAGUAUUUAACAAGACUGUACAUUGUGUAUGUUAUUUUGAAAGGAAUCACUGGACUACUGACAUAGCCUGAUGAGUCUGGAUUACUCUGUAAAUAACAUCUGAAUAAAAGUUUUGAUCUGUA